AUGACUGGCUUUCGUCGGAAGCUCGCCACCAGUGACAACUUGCUCGAGUUUUGUUCUGAUGCCGACAGUGCCUACAAGAGGAGACUUUCUGUCCUUGCCACCUUCAUCGACAUCAACAAUGCCUUUGGGAGUGUUUCCCUAAACGUCGCAGUCGAACGGCUCCAGAGCGUAGGCGUAGGAGGCAAGGCUCUGCUCUUCAUUUCGAAUCUCCUGUAUGGCCGGACCUCUCAAGUUCGCCUCGGACAUGUUCAGGGACAUCCCAGAGACCAGCCCAGAGGGCUCCCCCAGGGAAGUGUCAUCAGCCCUGUCAUUUUCAACAUAGUUCUCGCAGCCCUCCCCGGUGCUCUUCCCAGAUUCAUCCCGACGGUCCGCCUGUCUAUUUACGCUGAUGACCUUACCCUGUGGAUCUGCGGCUGCAGGCUGACUCAGAUGACAGGGCACGUGCAAAAAACCCUAACCGCAGUCAAUGACCACCUGAACACCUUGGGUCUCACCAUAUCGCCCCAUAAGUCAUCUUAUAUGAUUAUCAACAGGAAAAGAAGAACUGAUCCCGCCACCCUCAACAUCAAUGGGGUCAGCAUCCCUCGGGUCUCCAACCAGAAGAGUCUGGGACUAACAAUCGACGACCGCCUCAGCUGGCGCCCUCUGGUCACUGCUAUCGCCUCCAAAACCACGCCUUGUAGAAACGUCCAGAAAAGACUUGCCGGAACCUCCUGGGGUUCUUCCCCCACAGCCAUGCUUCAUCUGCAUAAAGCCCUCACCUUGUCUCGGAUCUUGUACUGCCUUCCCUUUGCCUCACCCAGCCCAUCCUGCAUGACUAUCUUGGACAGAGCACACACAGGGGGACUCAAAACUGCACUUGGCCUUCCUCAGGCUGCGGUCAACAGGGAGACCUACAAAGAGGCCGGACACCCCUGCCUUCGUCUUGCCUGCACUGAACGACUACUGCUCCAGUUUGACAGGCUCAGGCAAACACCCCCAGGCCAGGAAAUACUACAGCGCAUACAAGGGCAUCACCAGUCGCGUUUUGCUCACCACCUCCACACCUUCUCUUCUCUAGCGCAACCCUCACCACCUUUGCCAGCGCCUCAAGCCCCCUGGCUCGUUUCUUUCAUCAGCUGUGCUACCAAGAUACCCUUCCUCCGCGCGAAGAAAGAUCUCCCAUCACAUGUGGCAAAGGCCCUCACUCUCGACCUCUUAGAGACACGCUACGCCGCCCACACCAAGGUCUUCACUGACGGCUCCGUCAGUCAUCAACAGAAGUCAUGUACUGCAGCUUUCCACAUCCCAGAACUGAAUAUCUCGUGGCAGGCCCGCAUCAUCGGUUAUGUCUCCUCGACCACCGCCGAGCUCAUCGCACUCAACGAAGCGCUCAAGGCCAUUGAGCAUUUCCCACCAAAAUUCCUUGUAUUCCUCACGGACUCACGAACAGCCCUCAACCGCAUCCAUUUCCCUGGAAGAACCGACAUAUUGGUUUGGCACAUCAGGAAGAAACUCGAUUUCCUCACUGAACAAAGCUGCAUCGUACACCUGCAGUGGAUUCCUUCCCAUGUGGGGAUCUCUGGGAACGAAAAGGCUGACCAGCUAGCAGCCGAGGCGCAUUUCCUGCCCCCAACCGUUCAAGCUCCUCCCUGCCCCAACUCAACGAGACAGGCCAUUACGGAAUACAUUGCUUUCUGUCACCGUCUGGCCACCAACACCGGGGAUGAUGUCUGCCCUCCUUGUCCCGCAAGAGGCCUUCCCAGACAAAAGGCAACAGUCCUUCACCGCCUCCGAACUGGAUCGGCUUUCACUCCUGCCUUCCUACACCGCUUGAGGAGGAUCGACAGCCCUCUCUGCGUCACCUGCAAUGUCUGCUCUGACACUAAGCAUCUUCUCCUUGAGUGCCGCAACUUCGCAGGUCAACGAGACACUCUUCUGAAGGAUCUGCAACUCAUCGGUACGCAAGUCACCGAACUGUGUCACCUUACGCACCCAACCGGACCUGUCGCCAAGCAGCGCAAGACACGGGACGCGUUACUCACUUUUCUCGAGGCCACUGGCCUCCUGGCUACCCUGUGA